GUUUUCUGUUAUUUUUAUAGCAGCGAACAGAGCUCAGAGAAAAUGCAGCCUUUCGGCUCAGCUUCAGAGUGCAUUCCAUGGUUUGUGGUCCUCAUCAUCGAAUGUCUGGCCAUAGUCAUCCUUAAUAUCAUCACCAUUGUGAUUUUUGUGAAGAAGAAGCGUCAGCUACAGCGGCGGAGUACAUAUUUGAUCAUCCAUCUGGUGAUAGUCGAUCUCUUAGCGGGCGCAGUCUCUGGGCCGCUAAUGAUUGAAAAAGUUGUAACGUUGUUUUGUCCGCUAUGGAAGUACAGACGAGAGACUCUUUGGUCUUAUUAUCUAUUUACUGUAUUUACACAGCUAUUCCCGUUCACUUCCCUUGUAAAUCUUAUGGCUAUUUCCUUAGAACGGCUACACGCAACAUUUUGUCCAUUCAGGCAUCGCUUUGUGAGGAAAUGGGUUUAUAGAGCCAUAAUUAUUGUCAUUUGGUUAAUACCUAUUGUUAGAGUAGCCGCUUUAAUUUUCUUGUUGAAAAUUGGUUAUUUCGAGGUAAUUAAUGCUUACUUGUUUCUCCUAUUUUACGCAGUUUCUCUAUUUGUUAUCUGUGUAUCUUACAUCCUCGUUGUUAUCAAAGUACGAUGUAGUCGUCAUCCUCAAUUCCGUUCUGGGUCCAAAAGAGAAAGAAAACUGACGGGUACUGCGCUUAUCGUCUCACUUGUAUCGUUACUUUGUUUUCUACCAGCGAUAAUAUAUUUAGCAUAUCUUGGCUUUUCCUCCACUUAUUUCAUAAAUGUUCAUAUUAAGAUGGCUGUGCAAGUUCUAUUCUUAGCUAACUCACUUGUAAAUCCUAUAAUUUACGCUCUUCGGAUGCCAGGAUUCAGAGAAGGUUUAUUACAGCUAGUUUACAGGGUCCAGACAUUUCUAACGUCCCAGCAAACCUACCACUUCGUAACCUUAGAAGAGUGUAGAUUAAAGGUAAGAAAACUACUAGCAUUUCCAUUUUUUGUUUUGGUUUCCAUUAAAAUCUUAACGCUUGUAAAAAAAAAAUACGCUGGUGGUCUACGCACAGAUAAUUUAUACAGUAUAGUUUUGCCUUUAAAUAAAAACAGUUUAAUCAACUUUCUAUGGGCCCAACGUUGUGAUCAUUUGCAUGACAGCGUGAACCAAAAUAAAUGUGACUUUUAACAAAUCCGAGAUGAAUAACUUAGAGGGACUCUCCCACCCCCUCCCCCACCCACAUUGAUUGUGUGAACACGGAAAACAAUUUUUUUGGUUUUAUUGAAGAGCACUAUGCGCAAAGGAAAGCAAUUCAAAAAUGUGUGA